AUGUUGGGAUUUACACCCAUCUCGAGUGUACCCCAUCCAGCUCUGGCGCCUAGCAUCGGCAGAUUUUGCAGAUAUGCGUGUCAUGAGCGAUUUAUUACGCUGUCUGCAUCACACGAAGGGGAGUCUGUCCUACACAUCAUUCUCAAUGCCCCAACGACUGCGGAUAUGCUGUUCAUGACCACCGGUGGAAGACACCUCCGGGCAUCCAUUGAUUGGAAUGCAGAAGAUUCUGUAACCAACGUGUUCCACAACGUCGACAUCGAAUGGCGGUUGAAUACGGUGUGCAUCAAUCCAAAAUGUCCACAUCGUGUAGAGGUGAUGUCGCUGAACUUUGAAGGUGUUGGUGCGCGCAACCAAAUCAAGGGUGUAUUCUAUGGAGCAGGCUGCUACCGGCCGUUCCUCGUGCCCAUUCCAGUGCGAGACGGGGUGGAAAGGUCCCCCACACUGGACGAUCUCGACGUGAGCUAUUGGGUGAAACAGCGGGACCUGUACGAAUGCACAGUGACACGACGCCACCUUCGUCGCACCUUCAGUGGAGUGCCCGGGUUCAAUGUGACCAUGGAUGGAAAGUAUACAUUGUACUUUGAAAAACGUCAGCCUUUGAUGGCUCCAAGCUGCGUCCUUAGAAGAAUGGGCAGCAUGGGUGGCUGUCGAGAGGCGCUUCAUGGGAGUGUGGUACUUGUCAAGCAAACCAGAGACACUCCAAACGUCAUCGUGGAUAUGACGAAACAGGAUCAAUUUAUGGCCAAUUUCCUGAUAUCAAGAUCACGACGGUGA